CGGGCGGGGAGGGGCGGGAGGCGGCGCGGGGGGGAAGAGCCGGGAGCGCGGCCGGGACCCGGCCAUUCCUGCUCGCCCGGCCCGGUGGGUGCCCGCUCCCUGGGGAGCCGCGCGGGUCCCUCGGGGUCCCUCGGCAGCCAGCGCCGCCCGCCCCGCCGAUGAGGACGGAGCCGCCGGGAGCCCGUCGCCGCCGCUAGACCCGUCUGUCUGCGCCACCGCCCGCGCCGCCGUUCGGCAAUGCUCACAGCUGUCUGCGGCUCUCUUGGGAACCAGUCCUCCGACGCGCCCCGCGCCUCCCCGACCCACCUGGACCUGCAGCCGCUGCAGCCCUUCCAGCCCCACGGCAGCGCCGCGGCGGGCGCCGACUUCGCCUCCCCGCUGCCGCCCCCGGAGCUGCCGCUGGCGGGCCCCGACGCCGCCUUCGCCGCCCCCGGCGCCUACGAGCCCCAUGGCCCCCCGCGGCUAGAGCUGCCCCCCGACGGCCCCGCCGCCCCCGGCUCCUACGCCAAGCUGCUGCAGGCGGCCCCGGACAUGGCGCACCCCUACGAGCCCUGGUUUCGGCCCCCCCACCCCGGCCCCCCCGGCGAGGAGGGGGGCGUCAACUGGUGGGACCUCCACGCCGGGGCCAGCUGGAUGGAGCUGCCCCACGGGCAGGGGGGGCUGCAGGUGCCCGCGCCCCCCGGGCUGCAGCCGCCGCUGGGGGGGGUAGGCGGGGGCGAGCCCCAGCUCUGCGCCCCCCCCGCCCACCUCCUGCCCCCCGCCCAGCACCUCCUGGGGCCGGAGGGGGCCAAGGCGCUGGAGGGGCCCCCCGAGGCGGAGGGGGGCGGGCGGGCCAAGGGGGGCCGGCGGGCGGUGCCGCGGGGCGGGGGGCAGGCGGCGUGCCGCUGCCCCAACUGCCAGGAGGCCGAGAGGGGGGGCCCCUGCCCCGAGGGCGCCAAGCGCAAGCACCUGCACAACUGCCACAUCCCGGGCUGCGGGAAGGCGUACGCCAAGACCUCGCACCUGAAGGCCCACCUGCGCUGGCACAGCGGCGACCGGCCCUUCGUCUGCAACUGGCUCUUCUGCGGCAAGCGCUUCACCCGCUCCGACGAGCUGCAGCGGCACCUCCAGACCCACACGGGCACCAAGAAGUUCACCUGCCCCGUCUGCGGCCGCGUCUUCAUGCGCAGCGACCACCUGGGCAAGCACAUGAAGACGCACGACGGCGGCAAGGACGGCGGCGAGCCCGAGGCCAAGGGCGCCGGGGAGCCGCCGGCCGGCAAGGGGGGCAAGCGGGAGCCCGAGGGGGGCAACGCCGCCCCCACAAACUGAGCCGCCGGGCCGGGGGCCGGUGCCGGCGGGGGGGCCCCGCGCCCCCCUCGGGGCUGGUCUCCGAGGGCCGCGGGGCCGCGGCGGGGGGGCCGGGCUGGCACCGUGCGCUCGACGCGCCGCCGGAGGGGAGCCGGGAGGCGGACCCCCGUGCCCCGCAGUGCCGGGGGAGGCAGGUCCCGGCCCCGCCGCCCCCCCCGCAGCCCCCCCCCCCGCAGCCCGCUGCGGCGGUGCCCGGGCGGGGAGCGGCGCAGCCGGCGCUGCCCGCGGCAGUUUCACUUGUCCCGCGCCCGCUCCCCCCGUCCUCCCCCGGCUUCCCAAAUCUUUUUUCGGGAGGCUGCUGGCAGGCGGCGGGGCUGUUUGGGAGGAACAUCAAGGGGAGCCGAGGAGCCGGCGCUGCCUGGGCUUGUCCGGCCCGAGCGGGGAGGAAGGAGAAAGCGAGAGGAACCCCAGAGCCCUCGCUCCGGGAGCGUGGCCGUGGCCUCGCAGCCCCCGGGCGACGCCGCUCCCCGGCCCCCUCCCCGUCAGCCCCCCGAAACGCCGGGGGCUCGCCGCCCCCCCCGGCUUUUGGCCCCGUUUGCUCUGGGGACAGCUCGGUGCCGGGGGUGGGGGGCUCCUUACCCCCGGGGGGGUCCCGUAGCCUGCCUGUGGGAGCCCCACUUGGGCUCGGGGGCUACGGACCCCCCCUUUUUUGGCCCAAAUUGAG